AGUGCCGCUGGAGAGCUCUCUCGUCGAUCGCAGGCUCCAGCAAAAAAGGAAAGACGUGACAACUAACGUUUUAUUUUAAUUUUAUUUAUUCAUUUCUCGUCGUAUCUUCACCUCAGAGCAAGAUGUAACUGGUGAUCUUCACCUCAAGUAUAUUCAUGUAUUUGAAAAGAGCCGGGAGUGAGUGCGCAGAGACGAGAAGCCGAGCGGUUCUGCCGAAUGGAACUUAUUGUUGUGCAUUUGUUUUGACUAUGUUAUCCCCAAGUGAGUUUGGGUUCAGUCCAUCUCUGUUCGUCGUCGACCCUUGAAUUUUGGGAUUUAUAUCCGACUAGUUUAAGGGGAAACACCGAAAGGAGGAUUCCGCAAAGCCAGCCAGCUUUUCCUACAGAGCCGGGGAUUUAAAUCGUCAUUUGGUGUGCUCCGGGAGAGGCGAGAGUCAAAGAAAGAAAUUCAUGUGGCCAUUCUCUCUAUAGCCAAACAUUUUUGGGGAUUGCAUAAUGAGCAAGGAAAGACCUAAGAGGAAUAUCAUUCAAAAGAAAUAUGAUGACAGUGAUGGGAUCCCGUGGUCGGAGGAGCGGGUUAUGCGGAAGGUGCUUUACCUCUCCCUAAAGGAGUUUAGGACUGCACAGAAACGGCAGCUGGAUGGUGACGGCACCACAAACUCCAAUGGUUCCCUAGCCAAUGGGCAGCUGAAUGGCUCUGGGUCAAAGGGCAGCCACAAAGAAGAUGGGUCCUUGCGCUCUCAGGGCAUGGAUGGGAGCAACGAGUACUGUGAGGAUGGUCCUGCUAAGAAGAGACCCAGGCUCCAGGCCCAGAGGAAGUUUGCCCAGUCGCAGCCCAACUCACCCAGCACUACGCCCGUCAAAGUUGCCGAACCUAGCAGCCUGAGCACCGGCCAGGCCACCGUGCCCUCCUCUCUCUCAUCACUCUCCUCUUCAUCCCUGUCCUGCUCCAUUCAGGACCUGUCUAGACGCAAACCCAAGACAGAGGACUUCCUCACCUAUCUCUGCCUCAGAGGUUCAUCGGCCCUGCCCAGCAACAUGGCCUACUUUGGAAGCUCCCAGGAGGAGGAGGACCUGGAGGAGGACGAGGACGAAGAGGAGGAGGAGGUGAGGAACGGAGGUGGUACUCACGCCCAUGGUGGGGCAAGCAGCAGCCAAGCCUCAGCCUCCUCCUCCUGCCACUCGACACCCCGCAAGGGCAAGCUCCCUGCCAGGCAGCCACUCAAUGGGCAUGUGUUCAACAACCAUGGUAAAGCAGGGACAAGGGAGAGUCCGAGGCCCAAGGCUGGGACUCACGGCAGGGAUGCGCCUGCCCCACCACUGCCACCUCCUCCGCCUCCACCUCCACCCCUCCUGAGGGAACGCAGUGAGCGGGCGGAGGCCCGGGAGCAUGCUAGGGUGCAGCAGGCCAUGGCCAGCGGUCGGGGCUCAGCCAAUGGGCUGCCACCAAGGAGAGCUGCUGAGGAGCUUCGCAAGCAGGUCACUAAAGUGAACGGGCUGACGCGGGCGGGCUCGGCACAAGCUGUCAGUGGGGCCAAGAAGAGCCGCGACUUCCGAUUGCCGUCCAAAACUGUGAAGAAGUACACAGCCACCGUGUCCAAGGGUCAUGUCACCUACACCAAAGCCAAACAGAAAGAACUAGGCAAGAAAACCAAACUCAGCAGCAGCAACAAACACAACAGCUCCGCUUCGGCAUCAUCGUCAGCGAACAAUCACAAUCAGCACAGCCAGCCAGCAGCCAGCAAUGGGCUGGCCAACUCAGGAAAAGCAGUGGCACCAGCCCACCACAGCAAUGCAAAAACCCGCAAACAGGUGCUACUAUCCAAUGGGCUGCACAAUGUUGGCGUCCGCCUCAAUGGCAGGCUAAAUGGGCAGCGGCAUAAUACCCUGGCCAAGGAGGACGGGCAGAGACAGUGCCAGCAGGGCCAGGGGGAGUGCCCUGGUCGAGAGGGACUGCGUAACUCCAAGCGGCGUCUGGAGGUGGUGCUGAACUCAGUGGGGAUAGGGGGUGUUGAGCAGAGGGCCAAAACCCCUGGCACUGAGGCCAAGAAGGCCAAGAUUCAAUCCACGCCUCUGGAGACACGCAGCAGCAGCAAGAAGGUAGCCAAUCAAGAAAAAUCUGCCACACAAACCACCACCCCUACCACUCCAGUUUCUAAUGGACAUGUAUCAGAAACACCCUCUUCUCCCACACAAACCCCGCCUGCUACCCCAAUUCCACCUCCUACUCCCCCUCCUCAACGAACCCCGCCUUCUUCUAUACCAGCAGCCAAUGUGGAGCCGGUGAACCAGCGACCUAAGCGGGCAUCAGCUGGCAAGCUGAUGUUGAUUCGACAAGCACAGCAGCAGCAGAGCAGGUCUCACAGUCGGAGCUCCAGCUCAUCCUCCCCUUCAUCAGGCCAGAAUCACCCACAGAUCCCAAGUCGUGCAAGCACUACCUCAGACCCCCAACAAACCUCUGUAUCCUCCUCCACCACCACAUCCUCUCUGCUUACUUCCACGAACAGCCCCGGACAGCUCAAACCAGCAGCAUUGCGGCCCGCUGACCGUGACAAAGAGUGGGAACGUGAGAAAGAGAUGUUUCGCCAGAAGGAACGCGAGCAGGAGAAGGAGUGGGACUCGCAGCGGAGCAGGCCAGAGGGCUGGACAGCGCUGGCUGAAGUCCCCAUCUUUCGGCCAAUGCCGCGGGAGUUCCAGGACCCCCUGGUGUACUUGGAUGCGGUGAGGGAACAGGCCGAAUGGACUGGCAUGUGCUGUGUGGUACCACCACAAGACUGGCGGCCAGAGUGCAAGCUGAGCGAGGAGAUGCGUUUUGUUACACAAGCGCAGAGGGUCCACAUGCUGGGACGGCGCUGGGGCCCCAAUGUGCAGCGGCUGGCCUGCAUCCGGAAGCACCUCAAAUCUCAGGGCAUUACCAUGGAUGAGCCACCUGUCAUUGGUGGCUGUGAAGUGGACCUGGCACGUUUUUUCCAGCUCAUCAAUGACAUGGGCGGCAUGCAGCAGGUGAUGGACCUGAAGAAGUGGACCAAGCUGGCCGACCUUUUGCGCAUCCCCAAGUCAGCACAGGACCGGCUGGCCAAGCUACAGGAGGCAUACCUCCAGUAUGUGCUCUCCUAUGACUCGCUCAGCUCUGAGGAGCGCAUCCGACUGCAUGCCGAGGUGCUGCAGGAGAAAAAGCAGCUAGAGUCGCGCCGGGGACCUUUGGAGGGUCUUUUGGACUCCUUAGCACCAAGCGCGCUGGUGCUGCCACGCUAUGAGCCCAAGAAUGGGCUUGUAGGUGGUGUGGUGGGAGGGGCAACAGGGAACCACCGCACCAAUGGAGUGUAUCACCAUCUGAAGGAGCUGAAAGCUCGGGUCAAAGCGGGCCGGCGCCAGCUCUUCCCUCAGGUAAAACAACGCAAAGAGGACAGGCAGCAUGGAGAGGAGCAGGAGGAGGAGGACAGGGGUAUUCUCGGUGACCAGCACAAAUGUAUUUACAAGGGGAAAUCGGUGUCUUUGACGAACUUCUUUAGGAUAGCCCGGAACACCAUGACCAUGUGCUUUAACAAGGAACCGGGGGCUGCUGAGGUGGAGCAAGAGUACUGGAGGAUUGUGGAACAGAGAGACAGCCACGUGGCAGUGCAUUGUGGGAAGGUGGACACCAGUACACAUGGGAGUGGUUUCCCCACAGGAAAGUCAGAGCCAUUUUCAAAACAUGGAUGGAACCUCACUGUCCUCCCCAAUAACUCUGGAUCCAUUCUGAGGCAUCUGGGUGCUGUGCCUGGGGUGACCAUUCCCUGGCUAAACAUUGGCAUGGUCUUUUCUACCUCAUGCUGGUCUCGAGACCAAAAUCGCCUUCCAUAUAUUGAUUACUUACACACUGGUGCUGAUUGCAUUUGGUAUUCUAUCCCUGCUGAGGAGAAGGCUAAGCUGGACAAGGUGGUCCAUACACUGCUUCAGGCCAAUGGCACCCCAGGACUAGAAAUGUUGGAGAAGAACAUAAUGAUCUCUCCAGAGGUGCUGUGCCGCGAAGGCAUCAAGGUUCACCGCACAGUCCAACAGAGCGGCCAGUUCGUGGUCUGCUUCCCUGGUGCCUUUGUUGCUAAAGUGUGCUGUGGCUACUGCGUGUCAGAAACAGUGCACUUUGCCACACCGCACUGGAUGAACCUGGGUUAUCAGGCUGCAAAGGACCUGAAAUGUCGUCGUAUAGCCAAACCCUUCUCCAUGGAGAAGCUACUGUACCAGAUCGCCACAGCCGAGUCCAAGAGGGACAAUGGCCUUCUCCUCACCACCAUCUCCGCCCUUCUCAAAGACCUCAGGAACAUAGAGAUGCGUCAACGGCAGGAACUUUACAAGGCGGGUCUGCACUCCACUGCCCGAUACGGCACCCAUGAUGGCAGCCUGGGGCCUGGUGAGGGACGCAAGAAGCCCCGCGGCAAAUGGCUGGCACUGGAGUCCUCAGAGAGACGCUGUCAGAUCUGUCAGCAUCUCUGCUACUUGUCCAUGGUGGUUCAGGAGACUGACAAUGUGGUCUUCUGUCUGGAGUGUGCCCUGCGCUAUGUGGAGAAGCACAAGUCCUGCAGAGGCCUUAAGAUGAUGUACCGAUAUGAUGAGGAACAAAUCAACAGUUUGGUGAACCAGGUGUGUGGCCGGGCCAUGUUAAAGAGUGGUGGCGGUGGUGCGGUCGUUGUUGGAGGAGGAGGAGGAGUAGGCGUAGGCGUAGGCGGCGGAGGAGGAGGAGGAGGAGGAGGAGGAGGAGGGGGAGGGGACCCCUGCCAUGCCCUCACCCCUGCCAAAGCAUCGCCGGCCAAGCGAGGUCCUCGAAAGCGGGCCACUGUUGAGGUGUCCCUGGCACGCCUGUCCUCCAGCCACAUCCCCAAGGCUGCGGCUGUGUCCUGAGGGGACGCCUCUACAUCGCCACCCUGUGCGCUGUGCCCAUAUCCCACCCCAAUCCUCCCAAACUCCCUUGUUUUUUUUGUUUUUUUACAUUAAGCAGGAUCAUCAAUCCCUCCUCCACCACCCCAUAUUUAAGAUCUGUUGUUUUUUUAGCUUUGAAAAUCCCCUCACCUGACCUCAACCCCCCCCCCCAAAAAAGAUAUUCACCUCCCCCCUUAGAAUGACAGGCUUGUUUUAUAAAAAAGAAAAAAAACAAAAGCAAGAUGUCUUUUUUGCACUAGUGUGAAAGAAGAAUUUGUUUUUAUUCUUGGAUGAUUUUAGAAUCCCCCUGUCCCCCUCUUUAUGUCGCCCUUUACAACUUUACAAGCAUUACAAGUUCACAAGAAGACUUGAUGGGCCCUGUUGUACUCUUACCCCCACCCCACAAUCUUCCCUUAACUGAAAUGGGUUACAUUUGUUACCUUUUUCUUGCAUCACUUUUUCCUGCCCUCAUGUCGCCCCUGAGACUGAACCCCAUCCUUUCUCAUCACGCGUCACUCAACUGUGAACAUGGGACGAAUGAAAAGGCGACCUUUUUUUUUUCUCCCCAUUUUUCUGAAAUGAAAAUGACAUCAAGUAGUUACCCAAAGUUUCCCUCUCUCCUUGGUUUGAGGAAGAGGGGUUAUUUUUAUUGAUUUAUUGAAUUUAUUAUUUCUUGAUGCAGCUGCAUUGUUUUUUUGUUUUUGUUUUUAAGGGGGGGGGGUGUAUUGGCGACGCGAGGUAAAAACUUGAAAGACAGACGAUGUUGGUUUAUUGUUGGUUAGCUAUGUUUUUUCAACAUCUAUUUUGAAUUUUAGCUUUGUUUUUUGCUAGGUUUUUUGCGAGAAGUCUUCUAUGUAAUUUUUUUUUGUCAUUGUGGAUGUUUCUGUUCAUUGGUGGAUGUGAGAGGGGGCAGAGCUACAGCUGCUUGAUCUGCGAAAGUUCACCGCUCACCUCACUUCCUGGUAGUAUGGAGGGAUUCCUCUUUCGCUAGCAAGUGAAAACUGUGCCUGAUACUUAGCGAGGAGAUCCAUUUUAUUGGUGCUGUUGGUUAUAAUUACUGUAUAACAACACAAAUUAAAAUCUGGGGGUUAGUGCUUGCUUUCUGCUAACAGCUAGCUUGCGCAACCCCCACCCCACAGGGCAGAAAGGCUUUCAGGCUUUUCUGGUUCUAGAUGUGCAAUCGUGUUAACAUUCCAUUCUUCCAGUCCUCUUGUUUCAUCUGUACCAGUAAACAUUAAUUAUUAUAUUAUAUUAUUAUUAUUAUUUUGUGUUUUUUACUUAUGUUGAACUGAUGUGUUAUCUCAAGUAGAGCCACUAGUCAAAGAGUGUAAAAUGUGAAAUAUCAAAUCCAAGUUUUUUGUUUUGUUUUUCUUUUAUUGUCUUUUGUUUUUUUGGCUUUUGCAUUUUUUCCCUUUUUGCAGAUAUAUCAUGAGUGAUUUUUUUUUUUUUUUUUUUUUUAGAGAGGAAAAACUCCAACACAAACAAAACAUCAACUUUUUGUACAUAAUCCUGUAAAUUUCUUUAAAUACUUGAGCCUUUUUCUGGGGUUAAGGAGAACGGAAGGAAGGAAUAGAAGAGAAGAGAAAAAGUUCCAGAGGAGAGUGCUUGAUGAAGAAAAAGCCUUACAUUUCCCUUUCUUCAUCUGUGUGAGUUUCAUGCUUACAGGGUUGCUCUGGUAAACAUGUAUAAAAAUUUUAAGUGCUGCUUAUAUCACUAAGAAAGAAGAUAUUGAGUAGCCCACGACUGCCCCCCAACCUAGUUUUGUUUGUUUAGCUUUACUUUUUUAAAGAAAAGGGAAAAAAAAGAUAUGUUCACAAAAAAAAAAAAAUGGGUUUUUACAUUUUCAUUACUGAAAAUUCAACAAAAAUGUAGUAGCUACUCAUGUUGCACUGAGCUUGCCAGUGGUGACUGUCAAGGAAAAAUCCUAUAAUCCAGUUUGUUGGUUGUCGUCCCUCGCAGAAGACUGAACUGUUUUAGGACUAUUUAAUGAAAUACCAAGUCGGGUGUUUUCAACAUUAAAAAAAAUGUGGUUGUCAAGUUUUUAUGGCCUUACAAUAUAUUUUAUUCUGAUGGGAUUUUUAUUUUGUUUUUCAGUUCAUUUUUUUGUGUGUUUGUUUCUUCCAUUUUCUACAGUAUAAACUACUUGCUCACAGUGGGGUCUCCGGUGACUUAAUUUAUUAGUGCCGCAUCUCGGCCUUUCCCUCCAUUCGGAAAGAGAGUCUCAUGUUGGUUAUAUUGACAGUUUUUUACUUUUGCAGUUUGUACUUAAGGUUUAAUAAAAACUUACCGACA